AUGGCUGCCGUCGCUCCUCCUCGCGGCCUUGCGCCCAACUCAUCACUUCCCGCCAAAGUUCCCCAGAUUGCUCCUAACCAGACACUCUACGUCACGAACCUUCCCUCUGCAAAAAUUCAGAAGAAUGACCUGCGAACGGAGCUCUAUUUACUAUUCUCUACGUACGGGCCCGUUCUCGAUAUCGUCGCCAUGAAGACCAUGAAGAUGCGAGGCCAAGCACACAUUACCUUCCGUGACGUACAAGCAGCUACGCAGGCUAUGCGGUCACUAGAAGGGUUCGACUUUUUGGGCCGCUCUCUGACGAUUCAGUACGCCAAGUCCAAGUCCGACUUCGUUGCGAAGCUCGAUGGCACAUUCAAGAUGCCCAACUCCACCGCCGGAGCCUCCAACAUCGAGGUUACCGAGCUUCAGCAAAGCAUCUUCAACGCACCUGCACCGGGUGGCGCACCGGGAACCGCCCCAGCGAAGCCCGCCGCCAGCGGUGAUCAGCCAAUGGGCAAUACUCAGGCGGGUCAGAAGCGACAGCGAGAUGAGGAAGAGGAUGACGACAGUGAUGUCGCCAUGGAGGAGGACAGCGACGACGAUUGA